CAGAUCCUUCAUACUGCUUUACUAGAAAGGAAUAAUAUUUACGAGAAAGAAAAUUUCUAAUAGUUUUUGGUUAAAAUGGUUAACACGGAAGACGAGGAUAUCAACGAAGGAAUGUUAAAUUUAAUAAAUGAUAUUCAUUAUGGCGAUGUCAAAGGUACACAUAAUAUCGUAGUGGCUACUAUAUUGGUUCUGAAAGAUAUCAUAAAUAAUGCAGAAUGGACUACUGCUGAGAAUCUAAUCAAUAUAAUUACAAAAAAUGGAAAGUAUUUAGUGGAAGCUAUUCCCCUUGAAUUCUCUAUUGGAAAUAUGGUCCGUAGAAUAUUACAAAUAAUUAGAGAAGAAUAUACUUCUGAAUUAAAAAAUAAUACCGAUGAAACAGAUACACAAGAAUCUCUACAUAAAAUUCUCACUGCUGAAGGUGAUCAGGAAGUUGAUUUUAAUAUUUCUGUACCUUCUUUAAAAUCAGCUAUCAUAGAACAUAUUAAUGAAUUUGAAGUUGAGUUAGAAACCUGUGCAGAAAAUAUUACACAGCAAGCUUCUGAACACAUUCAUUCUAACGAAAUUAUUAUGACAAUUGGUAAAUCUACAUUAGUGGAGGAAUUUUUUAAUAGAGCAGCUAAAACAAGAGCUUUCGAAGUUAUAGUGGCUGAAGGAGGGCCGUCAUUAAGCGGUCAUGAAAUGGCAGUAAAUCUGUCAAAGGCAAAAAUCAAAACUACUUUAAUAUCAGAUGUAGCAAUUUUUGCAAUGAUGUCUCGAGUGAAUAAAGUAAUAAUUGGUACACAUUCUGUCAUGGCAAAUGGAGGAUUGAGAGCUAUUUCAGGUUCACAUACAGUUGCUCAAGCUGCAAAACAUUAUUCUGUACCAGUAAUGGUUUUACUACCGCUGUAUAAACUCUCGCCGCUCUAUCUUUACUCUCAUGAACAAGAUGGUUUUAACAAACAUGAUUCACCACUGCAAGGUGUAAUUAAUGGUGCAAAUGCAUCUUUGUUAGAAAGAAUUCAUGUGUAUAAUCCAGUUUUUGAUUAUGUGCCCCCAGAAUUAGUUACAUUAUUUAUUUCAAACUCGGGUGGAAAUGCACCAUCAUAUGUUUACAGAUUACUUAGUGAACUGUACCACCCAGAUGAUUAUGAAUUAUAAUAGAUAAGUGUAGAAACAUAUUUAUACAUGUAUAUUUGUAACCAAGCGCUUUUUUAAAAUAAUUGUCAAAUUCU